GGAGCACAAGGAGGUGAAGUGACUUGUUCAAGGUCACACACACACACCAGGAUUCAAUGGCUGGAAUUGAACCUGGAACCCACUGGUAAAAGCAAUAUAAGAAAUUGGAAACAGAUUUCAAGAUGCCGCUGCUGAACAGCUUGGGGCCUCUGGAAAGUUACAUUGGUGUAGAGGAGGGAGUUGCUUUCAAGGCUGACAACGGCAUGUUCUGGAGCUGCAUCGACCGAUCUAAUGUCUACAACAUUGAGGCAGCCAAGAGCACCAAAGACGCCUGGUGCAAGUUCUGGGUUUCCAAAACCCCAAAUGGGAAGAUCCUGCUGAAGGACCAAAGGGGCAUGUACCUCAGCCGAAUUGACAGAGGUGGAAUCCAGCACAUCGAGGCGGCCAAGGCAAACCCUGACCAAUACUGUGAGUUCAGCGUCUUCACUGAAGAUGGGAAAGUCAUCCUCCAAGCUGACAAUGGCAGGUUUGUCAGCAGAAUCUGUCGACAGAAUCAGAACAUCGAGGCUGCAAAGGAGGGCCCAGACGAGUACUGCAGGUUCAGCACAACCAUCGGAGACAUCGUCAGCCCAACCUUCGAGAUCGUCAAGGUCAACUUUGGCAAGGUACCAGACCUCACUGAUAAGCCGUCAGUGGUGAGCUAUGAUGUCUAUGUUAACCACAGCAGUGUCAACCAGCAGCACACCUUCAGCUUGACCUGGGAAGUCAAAGUCACUGAAACCACCAGCUGGAAUCAUGCCUGGGGCUUCUCCACCACUGUAUCUGCAGAUGUUAUCUUUGCAAAUAUUGAAUCCACAGUGAGUUACAAUGGGGAGUACGGCACGGUGUCCACCAAAGAGAAAACGGUCUCCCAGAACAGAAGCACACAAGUCACCAUCCCGCCCAACACCAAGAUCACCGCCAAGCUCAUCGUCUACAAGGACGACGACGCAGAGAUUCCCUUCACAGCGGAGAUCAAGAAGACCAAGAGCGACGGGAAAGUGGAGUUCCUGAAGGAAGGCGGCACCUGGAAGGGGGUGCUGUACGAAAAUGUGAUGAUCGAAGUCCAGGAAGAACCACUGAAGAAAUAGGAGCUGUGCAUCGGGGUAACGCUUUAGAAGUGUCUCUCAUUGCUGUGUAUUGACAUAGGCGUUUACUUAGUAAAUGAAUGUGUGCUUGCACAUCAUUGCAAUGUUAUGGCUAUAUAAGUCACAAUGGACUUCAUGUGGAAAUCUUCAACGUGACAGAACCCUAUUCCUAACUCUAAUCCUAACCCUACCCCUAGUAAUGCUUACACAACAUGACAAUGUUAUUCUGCAGAGAGGCAUUAGACUUCAUGUGGAAACCUUCUUGCACGAUAUAUGUAAGCUCACCAUUGUGUUAGGGUUAGGGUGACAGCUAGGGUCGUAGCAUUGAAAAGAUCGCCACGUGAAGCACAUGGCAAAUGUAUGUAAUAACUCUAAUGAUGUGUGAGCAUCGUCAAUACCAUGUCAAUACACUCUAAUUAAAGAGGCACUUCAUGAACGUGUGCCUGAGAAUUGCUUGCUUUGAUGUGCCUUACAAGUUCAUUUUGAUGCAAUUUCUUAUUUUGGUUUAUAACACAGUAAACAUAUAAAUAUGGUUUAUACUAUUUUGCUAUCUUCAAUGCUUCAUUAAAGCGCUGCUAAAGGGAUGCUAUGGCAAUGAAGAGAUAGUAGUUAGAGGAGCUUUAACUGUGAGAUGAUUACUGCAAGUAACGCAAAGAAACCUGUGUUAAAACGUGACACAAGAGCUUAGCAUAUACAUUUACUCAUUUACUAUGGUCACUUAGCAUCAAAAGAGGGGAAUGUGGGAACACAGGAAUGUAACUGUGUACACGAACUGGACUGCAUACAGGGGGUAUGAAAGAGUUCAUGUACACAAUGUGCGUGGUGCAUGAGUUUUCAGAAGCCCUGUAAGUUCUGAGAAGCAAUGUCACGAGGGGAACUGGAACACUGUUAUCGCUGCAUUGUUUAAUAAACCGUCUGAUAUGAUAUAUUCUGAA